AUGCCUCAAGAACAGGCACGAAGCGAAAGCUACCUUAUCGAAGCUGGAUCCCUCGGCUGCAUCGAGGGUGCAACACUUUCAUCUCCUACAGACUCGAAGGUACUGUGCCACUACUUCGGUGGUCUUCCGUAUGCACUGCCUCCAGUAGGGCCAUAUCGCUUCCGACAAGCGAGACCGCUGCCGCAUCACUAUCGCUAUGGCACAAGGAGCAACCCUGGCCGCUUCUCAGCAAGAGCAGCAGUAUGUCCUCAGCCGGGCUUCAUGGGACCAGCCGAUGAAUCUAUGUGGGACGAAAACUGUCUGCAAUUGAACAUAUACAUCCCAUCCGGGUCCGCUCCUAAGGAAGGCUGGCCAGUCUAUGUCUAUAUACAUGGUGGCUUCUUACAAUGGGGGAGCCCGAACAUGCCACCUGAGGCUCUCGCGCCACUCUUCGGCGAAACGUCUUUCAACGCCAUCAUGGUUGCUCCGGCCUAUCGUGUUAAUGCCCUAGGCUUCUUGGCUAGUAGAGAGCUCCAAGCUGAGGCAACGUUAUUAGGCGAGCCCACAGGUAACCAAGGUUUCUGGGACCAGAGGCUGGCGUUGGAGUGGACGUCGAACAACAUCGCGGCCUUUGGUGGCGAUCGUGACAAUAUAACCAUUGGAGGGUACUCGGCAGGGUCACAUAGCACUUUCCAACAGCUCGCUCACGAGCUGUACUUCGUCCCUGACCACAAGGCCGUCAUCAAAAGGGCCAUAAUGUGGUCUAAUUCUCCAGGGGUCCAGCCCAAGACACUACCCGAGCAUCAGAAACAAUUCGACGAGCUUUUAACUACGCUAGACAUCCCAUUGACAUUGAGCGCGAGUGAGAAGUUGGAACGACUGAGAAGAGUCAACUCACACGACUUGAUCUCAGCCCAAGGAAAGCUGAAACUCCAUGAAUUCAGAGCGCUGUCAGACGGCCACUUCAUCUCAAAGGACAUGAUCGCUAGCAUCAACAACGCAGAUUUCGCUCGGCGUAUGAAGGCUCGUGGAAUCAAGCUGAUGAAUGGGGAGUGUCGAGAUGAGCACCAUCUCUAUCAAGCAUGGCGAUCUCCAUCAGCAAGCUACGAAGCAGUCUUCACAAGACUGUGCGCCGACUACCCAGAACACGUAGUAAGACAACUCAUGGCCAAGCGAUGCGGCCCAGAGCGGCGUUUACCAGCUGGUAGCAAAGAUUGGCCAGAUGCGUUCGGCCGUCUCUACGCGGAUAUGCAGGUGCACGGGCUAGAGCGAGGCUUCCACCGUGCGCUGGUGAACGGCGGCUUAGAACCUGGCAAGGACCUUUUACGAUACCGUUUCGACUGGAGAACAAAGGGCACAGAGGUCAUCUACCCGCUAGCUUGGGGCGUGACGCACGCUACCGACAUGUCUAUCUGGUUCUGGGGACUAGACGGCGGCUUGCUUGAAGAAGAGAAACAGAUUCUGAGACCCUGGAAUCAGGCAUUCUCAGCCUUCGUGAAGGGGGAUAGCCUGGACUGGGGCACUCGCGACGUUCGAGAGAUGAGGCGACUACGAGCAGAUGGAGUGACGGACAUCUGGACUGAUGACCGAUGGAACGACGUCGAGGUGUGGGAUGCUGUCAAUGGCCAUGCAGGCAGUGGUAUCCUGGGCUGGAUCAGGUCCAAGCUUUAG